GACUCAGUCGAAUGAAUCACUAAUAUGCGCUGCUUGGGGUUUUUUCUCCACCGGAGAGCUGUAACCAGGCAACGAGGCGAACACAGGGCACCUCGACAAUAGUGUAAAUGAAUGAAUGAGCAUCCAAAGGUAUAUUUAUUUAUCCUUGUCCACGAUGGACUGCGUGUAAUAACAGUGUGGAUGUGAACACUGGUCAUAUUUAUAGUGGCGUUUGGAGAUAAAGAGGAGUAAAAGGCAGCCGUCGCACACGGGCAUUAAUGCUGGCCUUCUUCAUCUGAUCUCAGAGGGUGGAGUGUUGAGAAUGCACAUUGCGAAAGAGAGCUCGCUUUCUCUCGCCAUCAUGCUCUCACACGUCUGGACGGAUUAGCGGUGAAGAUCAAAAGCCUCUCGGAGUUUUGCGGUGCUUUGCGUGUCAUGUCGGAGUGAAAGACACGCAAACGGACAGCCGACAAACUACAACAACCAGCUGCUUCCAGCUCAGUCUGACACAAUGGGAGAGCAGCCCAUCUUCAGCACCAGAGCCCACGUCUUCCAGAUCGACCCCAACACCAAAAAGAACUGGGUCCCUACCAGCAAGCACGCCGUCACCGUGUCCUACUUCUACGACAGCACUCGCAACGUCUACCGCAUCAUCAGCCUGGACGGAUCCAAGGCCAUCAUCAACAGCACCAUCACCCCCAACAUGACGUUCACUAAGACCUCGCAGAAAUUCGGCCAGUGGGCGGACAGCAGAGCCAACACCGUCUACGGCCUGGGCUUCUCAUCCGAGAGCCACCUGAGCAAAUUCGCAGAAAAAUUUGCAGAGUUUAAGGAAGCUGCACGGUUAGCAAAGGAGAAAUCUCAGGAGAAGAUGGAGCUGACCAGCACGCCCUCACAGCGCAAACUGGCAUCGGUGUCAUCCAAGCACAAACGGGACUUGACUAUUUCCACGAAGAAGGAAUCGGCUACAGGGGACCUGCAAUCACCUUUGACCCCCGAGAGCAUCAACGGGACGGACGACGAGCGGAUCGCACCAGACGCCUCUCAGAACUCGGAGCCGAGAGCCGAGACCAACGCGGUGCCCUUCCCACACAGCAGCUCGACUAACAUGAAUAAGCACUGGGAGGCCGAACUGGCGGCGCUGAAGAGCAACAACGCUAAGCUAACAGCAGCCCUGCUGGAGUCUACAGCCAACGUUAAACAGUGGAAACAGCAGCUAGCUGCUUAUCAAGAGGAGGCAGAGAGACUGCACAAAAGGGUGACAGAACUGGAGUGUGUCAGUGGGCAGACAACAGGGAUCAAAAACCAGAAAACAGAACUGAACCAGACGAUAGAGGAGCUGGAGGCAGCGCUGAAGGCCAAGGAGGAGGAGCUGGAACGACUAAAAGCAGAGGUUGAGAAAGCCAACGAUUUGCAGUCACAGAAAGACACGGCCACUCAGAAACUUCAGGAAACGGAGACCAGGACGACAGAUCUGGAAGCUCAGCUAGCUGAGCUGGAGAAGCGUGUUGAAAGCAGUCAAACGGAACAGGAGACUUUUCGCAAAAACCUGCGUUCGCUUCUCGAGCUGCUCGACGGCAAGAUCUUCGAGCUGACUGAGCUGAGAGACAACCUGGCCAAACUGAUCGAUGGAGGAAGCAGCUAGAGUCUGCAGGAGCACACUGACCUCUGGUGGAGGAAAUACACACACACACACACACACACACACACACACACACACACACACACACUCACAUACACACACACACACUUACACACAUUCAUGCCAGCACAGCAAACUUCAUUAAACAUGCAUGCAAACAGACAGAUGGAUGAAAAUAUACAUGUUCUCACACAGGUGCACUUCCACAACCUGGUGCCUGCACACACACACACACACACACACACACACACACACACACAUUAGGGAGGUUUUGACCUGCUUUUUUAAAAGAACAUUACACAUAUAAAAAGGGCGUCUCCGAUUAUUUUGUACCAUCACACCGGGGAGCUUUUCACACAGAGAUGGCCGUCACUGUGUCUCAGUGAGAUUUUUUUGACCAACAUCCAUGUUUCUAGAUGUUAGAUGUGAGAGUUAUCACUGCCCCUAGUGGUCAAUAAUGGGAACUGCAACAAGUACUAUUAGAGGCCUACUUGGGUGAGAAUCACGCUGCCCCAUGCUCAUGAAGAGCAGCAUUGAUUAGGACCAUUUUAUAUACUCUUGAACUAAAGGAUCUUGAUUUGUAACAAGUAAUCUGAAUUAAAUCUACUCCCUUUAUUCUAUUUUAAGAUAGAUUAAUAAAAGCAUCAUAGAAGAUGGAGAAGAGGAUUGUUUGAGAACACAGUGUCUCCUUUUUCCAGUGACUGAAAUGUGUUGGAGUGCAAUUUUACAAAGCUACACCUCACAGAAGGGGACGCUGGACUGUACGCUAUAUUAAUGCUAUAGAUUAUUGACUCUCCACUUUCUUAAAUUACAGGAUUGCUCUAAAAAUUCACAUUAUAACAUCUCAUAGUGAGGACUGAAACUCACCCUGUACACUACAUCGUAUGUUAUUGUAUUGGCUUUAACUCUAAAGUGUAUUAUUGACUCACUGGAUCGUUGCUGUAACGAAGAUUUCUAAACUCCCAUUUGAGUUCAAGCUGUUUUCCUCCACCACAACUGGACCUGGAAUUUUUUUCUUCAACGGGUGUCUUUAGAAAGUCGAGUGACUAAGUGAGAAUUGUGGAUCACGAUUACACAAUCAGGACACGAACAAAUCGACAAAUAUCUGAAUUUGUUUUUUUAUUCUUUUCCAUUAUUUAUAACAAAUCUGCCACCAUCAGCAAAGGAGAUUGAAUAUUCCCAGAUGUUGAAUAUUCAAGGUCCUUAUAUAUCUUGUCAAGCACCCACUUUGUGGUACCUCCAGAACCUGACGAGGCGACACGUCGCGUUUGUGGAUUUAACUCGAGCAGAAAAAACAUCCUUCCACUAUCAGAGCAAUACAAAAGGAAAAAAUCCACAAACGUCUCACUUUCAGGUAUUCUACUUCCCUCUUAUUCGAAUGAGACGUUAUGAUGGACACACACACACACACACACACACACACACACACACACACACACACACACACA